CCCUAUUCGUACAGUCGUAUUAUACUUGUAAGGAUCAAAAUUAAAAGUCAAUGCCGCAUUAUCAUUACAUCAAGCACACAUAGAAACAUUCAUACGCACACAAAGUUAUACGCUCCCCCAAAAAGAAGAAGGAUGGCCAUAUUCGAUCCGUUUCAGCUCCGCCACAAACCACCGUCGAUUUUGCCUACAUCAACGUUUAAACCAAGCCAUGUUAUUUCCGUCGUCGCCAAGCUCUUUUUCACCAUAUGCAUAUUUAUCUCUGUUGCUAUGAUCUUCUUCUACAUCAUCUUCUCCGAUUGCUCUGACUGCCACCGCAUCGCCGGCCACCUCCGCUUUGACCGUGGCAACGUGAGCUCCACUACCAAUUCCUCCACCUCCUCAUCCUCAUCCUCCUCGGCUAUCCUCCGGAAAAAUCAGUCCUCGGAAGCCACCGAUGUCUCUCAUAUAGUUUUUGGGGUUGGUGGCUCCAUUCAAACGUGGACAGAACGUAGCCGCUACUCCGAGCUCUGGUGGCGUCCCAACGAUACCCGAGGGUUCGUCUGGCUUGAUGGGGAACCGCCUCUUAAUAUGACGUGGCUCCCGACUUCUCCACCGUACAAAGUCUCGGCGGACACCUCCCGUUUCAAUUACACUUGCUGGUAUGGUUCAAGAUCGGCCAUACGAAUGGCGAGAAUCGUCAAGGAAAGUUUUGAGCUAGGGUUAAAGAACGUGAGAUGGUUCGUGAUGGGUGACGACGACACCGUUUUCUUUCUUGACAAUCUAUUAGCGGUGCUCAAUAAGUACGAUCACAAUCAAAUGUAUUACAUCGGAGGAAACUCCGAGAGUGUCGAACAAGAUAUCGUUCACUCCUACGCCAUGGCUUACGGUGGCGGAGGAAUAGCAAUUAGCUACCCAUUGGCAAUUGAGCUAGUAAAGAUACUCGAUGGCUGUAUUGAUCGAUACGCAUGGUUAUAUGGAUCUGAUCAGAAGAUUGAAGCUUGUAUUAGCGAAAUUGGAGUUCCCUUGACCAGGGAACUAGGGUUUCAUCAGAUUGACAUACGUGGCAACACGUACGGUUUACUGGCUGCGCAUCCGGUGGCUCCUCUGGUAUCGCUCCACCACCUCGACUACGUUGACCCGAUUUUCCCCGCAACGACCCAAAUCGACGCCCUAAGAAGACUCAUAUCGGCCUACAGAACGGAUCCAAGCCGGAUAGUCCAGCACAGCUUUUGCCAUGACCCGACCCGGAACUGGUCUGUCUCCGUUUCAUGGGGCUACACCGUUCAGAUUUAUCCGUCUCUAGUCACGGCCAAGGAUCUUGCGACACCGUUUCUUACGUUCAAGUCGUGGCGGACGUCGAGCUCCGAGCCUUUCACGUUCGAUACCCGACCCAUCAGCGACGACCCGUGCAAGAGACCCGUUGUUUAUUUCUUGGACCGGGUUUAUGAAGUCGGAUCGGGUCAGACUCUUACGACUUAUCGGAAGCAUGUUGAAGUGGACGACCCGCAAUGUGAUUCGCCAGAAUAUGCUCGCGCCAGUUCCAUCGAGUUCAUCGACGUCUCCGCUACUACGUGGAUGCCAAAUCUCUGGAAAAUGGCACCACGGAGACAAUGUUGUGAGAUUGUCAACAGUGACGAAGACUCGGAAAACGUAAUAAAUGUCAAGAUACGGCAUUGUAAUUCUUUCGAAAGUGUAACUCCAAAGUCAUAGCAUCCGAGCGAAAAAAUGACCAAAAGAUGUUGAAGUCUGACAGAUGGCAUGGAUCGACCGUCUCAUACCAAGAGGAAAUGAUCAGCAAUUUUCCCAUUGUUGUAACUUUUAUGUAAAUACCAACUAACCGAAAGUCGGAACUUGGAUAAAGUCAAAAUUAACUUUACAUAUUGUAAGUUUUCUUUUUCCAACAUUUCAUUUUUAAGCAUAGAUUUAGCUGGUCAUGUAACAAAUGUUUUGCCGAAACGUAUUUAUUAUACAGCCAGAGCUGGUUUUAG